ACACACACACACACAAUCCAAAACAUGCUCUCAUACAUAAUGGAUUCUUUCAAAUCUUUUAGCAAUUAUGAUGAUAUGGGAAUUUCUGACCCGGAUCCGAUCAAAUUUAUUGAAGAUGCACUCUUCUGCAGCAGCCCACUUGCAUUAUCAUACUCCGACCCGGAUCAAAAAUGGAUAAUCCGACAACACCUCAUUUCUCUCUUCCAAGAUUUCCCUUGUUUCAAACCCUCCGUUGAUGUUUUCACGUACAACGAUGGCACUGAGGUCAAGCUCCUCAACGCUAGCGGCAAAUUAACCGUUUCUCAGGACGCCCCGCCCGUACCCGUGACGAUUUGGGUACCCGAAUAUUACCCGGAGAUGGCUCCGAUUGUGUAUGUGGAUUCGGGUAGUCCUUUGUACCCGAUUUACGAGAACCACCCGUUUUCGAAUUGUUCGGGCGAGACAACAUGUCCGUAUCUCGAAAACUGGCGGUUCAGUAAGUGUGAUCUUUCGGGUCUGACCCGGAAUCUGAAGAAGCUAUUUUCCCACAACCACCCGUUUUACUAUUCGGGUUCGGGUUCUUCGAACCCGGCCCAUCCAUCGACUUUUUCGAAGAUGGAGGCGAUUGACCGGCUGGCCGCCGCUAUUCAUUACGACGCGGCGGCGAUUACGGCGGAAUAUGAGGAGGAGAUCGAGAAUCUGUCGGCGAUUCAAAUUGAAUUGCAGGAGAGAGGUGAAGCUUUGAAAAUCGUGGUUAAUGAAUUGGAGCGAGAGAAGAAGAGAUUUAAGGGAAGAACAGAGGAAAUGUGUGGUGAAUCUGAUAAGCUUAUGAAUUGGUUAAAAGUGUACGAUGGGGUUUCUGAUUUCCCCAUAGACGAUGUUUUCGAAGGUGUGGAUAAGGAAUCGGAGAUCGAGCUCGAGUGUUCGGCGGCGGAUUUGGCGGCGGAGGAUUUGAUGUACGCGCUGGAGAAAGCGGUGGAGGAAGGGGUUUUGGGCUUUGAAGCUUACUUCAAGCAAGUGCGAGUGUUGGCGCGUGAGCAAUUUUUGUGUAGAGCUAAAAUACUAAAGAUUAAAAAAUUAUUAUAAAAAGAUUGGUUUUCUUUUUCGUUAUUUAAAAUAUGGAUAAAUUACGGGCACCCGAUGUAUGGUCAAAAUUACAAAAAUACUCUCAUGUUUGAUUUACAAUCACCUUUGCGAUGUCAAUUUUAGUGAAAUCUUCUAAAUUAUGUGAAAUAUUUUCAGUUUGUAC